CGGAGCUGCCGUUUCAAGCUGGAGGUCUGGGUCCGCCGGCCACGGGGCUGCCACACCGACUGGGACGGCCAACCAGGCCAGGAGACGCUGGCGGCUGCGGACUCCCCGGCUCGGGGCAGCCCUUCUUUGACCUCGCAUGGUGGAGAAGCAGCCCCAUGAAGGUGCCCAGCCAUGCAAUGUUCCUGGAAGGCCGUCCUCCUCCUUGCCCUGGCCUCCAUCGCCAUCCAGUACACAGCCAUCCGCACCUUCACCGCCAAGUCCUUCCACACCUGCCCGGGGCUGGCCGAUGCUGGGCUGGCUGAGCGGCUGUGCGAGGAGGGCCCCACCUUCGCCUAUAACCUCUCCCGCAAGACCCACAUCCUCAUCCUGGCCACAACCCGCAGCGGCUCCUCCUUCGUGGGCCAACUCUUCAACCAGCACCUGGACGUCUUCUACCUGUUUGAGCCCCUCUACCACGUGCAGAACACACUCAUACCCCGCUUCACCCAGGGCAAGAGCCCCGCCGACCGGCGCGUCAUGCUGGGCGCCAGCCGCGACCUCCUGCGGAGCCUUUACGACUGUGACCUCUACUUCCUGGAGAACUACAUCAAGCCUCCGCCUGUCAACCACACCACUGACAGGAUCUUCCGCCGAGGGGCCAGCAGGGUCCUCUGCUCCCGCCCCGUAUGUGACCCUCCAGGCUCUGCCGACCUGGUGCUGGAAGAGGGGGACUGCGUGCGCAAGUGCGGCCUGCUGAACUUGACGGUGGCGGCGGAGGCCUGUCGAGAGCGCAGCCACGUGGCCAUCAAGACAGUGCGGGUUCCGGAAGUCAACGACCUGCGGGCUCUGGUCGAAGACCCGCGGUUAAACCUGAAGGUCAUCCAGCUUGUCCGAGACCCGCGGGGCAUUCUGGCCUCACGGAGCGAGACCUUCCGAGACACGUACCGCCUCUGGCGGCUCUGGUACGGCACGGGGAGGAAGCCCUACAACCUGGACGUGACGCAGCUGACCACAGUGUGCGAGGACUUCUCCAACUCCGUGUCCACCGGCCUAAUGCGGCCACCCUGGCUCAAGGGCAAGUACAUGCUGGUGCGCUAUGAGGACCUGGCCAGGAACCCCAUGAAGAAGACUGAGGAGAUCUACGGGUUCUUAGGCAUCCCCUUGGACAGCCAUGUGGCACGCUGGAUCCAGAACAACACGCGGGGGGACCCUGCCCUGGGCAAGCACAAAUACGGCACCGUGCGCAACUCGGCCGCCACCGCGGAGAAGUGGCGCUUCCGCCUCUCCUACGACAUAGUCGCCUUUGCCCAGAAUGCCUGCCAGCAGGUGUUGGCACAGUUGGGCUACAAGAUGGCCGCCUCAGAGGAGGAGCUGAAGAAUCCCUCCAUCAGCCUGGUGGAGGAGCGGGACUUCCGCCCUUACUCGUGAUGCGGGCGCCGUGGUUGGGUGGGUGGGGGCACCUGGUGUCUCGGUUUUGAUAAAAUGGACCAUUUUUAACUGUUGCCUUAUUUCCCCCUCCCUCUCCCACCCUGUCUUUGUGCCGUUUUUGCCCCCUGCCUACCCCCACUCCCUUCCGCCUCUUUUUGUCUCUGAAAUUUGCACUAUGCCUUGGACGGGAACCAUUGGGGCAGAGGGGGGCGUGAAGUGGGGUAUGGCCCCCACCCCACCCCGGUUCAGACACACGGAUGUUGGGUCUGUAUAUGGAUGGUGACACUGUUUACAAGCACCACAUUCACACACGCACGUGUGUGUGCACACACACAUACGCACAUGGGCACACACUCGUGCACGCACAGGGGAGAGGCACCCAAUACCACACAACUUCUCAAACUUUUCAAAUGGAAGAGUGGUCGGUGUAUUGUAGUUUUUCACUGUCUUCUAUAGGGUAAGAGGUUAAAAACAAAAAGACCACCUCUGUAAUUUAUGAAUAGUGUGUAUCCCCUUCCCAUCUCUGCUUCCUGCCCCUGGUGCCCACUCCCCCCCUUGGAGCAGAGAAACUGCCCCCACCUGCCCACCCUUGCCUGUCGGUGAGCAGAUUUUUACUGUGAGGUGAACGUGGACCUUGUUUAUUUUUUUCCAGUCUGUGGCGAUGCUGUCUGUCUUGAGUCUUGUGCCUGCCCCUGGACGAGUGAUGGCUGAUGAAUCUUAUGGGUUUCUGAUUGAUCUUGGGGUACAUCUGUGAUAUUUCUUUGUGCCAAAAAAGGAAAAAAAAAGUGGAUCAGUUUGCUAAAUGAACACUGAAAUGCUUUAUCUGUGUUUUCUGUAAAUAAAAGUGUGCAAUAAUC